AUUUGCGUUCGAAUACCAUCUUAUGCGGCACAUGCCUGGUGUAAAUACGCAAGGAUGUUGUGAUAUGUGAACAACAACUUUUUCUGAAGAUACAUAACUACUGUAGUUUUAUUUGUUUAGUUAUUUAGAAUUAAAUCUCAUUUAUCCUUUUUUUUAUUAUAGUUCAGAGGUGACUUCAUUUUUGCAUUAGCUUAACUUCUUGUAAUUUAUAUAAUGGAUCCUCGAACCAGAGGCCUGGGAACUCUUCAUGUUAUUCCAGAUGAUAUAUUUUCAGAGCGUAUUUUGGCACAAUUAUCAGAUCUGGAUUUAGCUCAUUGUGCUCGAGUAUCUCGUUUCUUUUAUGUAUUUUCUCGUGAUGAUCAACUUUGGAAGAAACAUUGUUUGGAUAAAUGGGGCGAUAACCGUGAGAUUAUGCAAAACUUUUUGUUUCGUGGAACUUGGUUACUCACUUAUUUAUUUCCAACUAUGUUGAGCGAACGUGAGGAAAAAGAAAAAGUUUGGGCACAUCCACUUUGUCGACUUUUACAAUUCCCUGAAAUUAUAAAACAUAGUCAUUAUUUAUAUGCAAAAUGGUGUCGUUGUAAUAUGUUGCUUGUCAAUUUUACACCAACACCUGAGAUUUCAUCAGAUUCUGUGAUUCCUAUAGAAAAUGGUGUGGAAUUGACAAAAGAGAAGUUUGAGAGUUUGUACGAUGCACAGUCUGUUCCUGUUUUGAUAAAGAAUAAUGAAGUUGAAAAGUGGAAAGCUUGGGCUGAUUGGAAAUGGGAAAAUAUAUUGAAGAAGUAUGGAAAAACUGUAUUCCGUGUAGCUAAUGAAAGAGGUGGAAAAUAUCGAUAUUUAUCGAUGUCUCUAGAAUCAUAUGCACAUUAUAUACGUAUUCAACAUGAUGAAACUCCUUUGUAUAUUUUUGAUGCCAAUUUUGCUGAUAGAGAUUCGGAAAUGGCUGAAGCAUAUGAAGUGCCAAAAUACUUUCAAGAAGAUUUCUUUUCAGUUUUACCAGAUAAAAGACCACCGUAUCGGUGGAUUAUAAUUGGUCCUGCAAGAUCAGGCGCAUCUUGGCAUGUUGAUCCUGCUGGAACGUCAGCUUGGAAUACAACUAUUGAGGGGAGAAAACGUUGGGCAUUGUAUCCACCACAUGUUUUUCCUCCGGGCUUAAGCAUAUCUCGAACCGGUAUUAAUGGGCACCAGUCACUUUAUAGUACAGAUGUGCUUGAAAAUGCUAAGGAUUCAGCAACUUCUUUAUUUUGGUAUCUUGAGGUUUAUCCUCAAUUAACUCCGGAAAUGCGCCCACUAGAGAUUAUACAAGAGCCUGGACAAACUAUUUUUAUUCCAAGUGGUUGGUGGCAUAUGGUUCUUAAUCUUGAUGAUACUGUUGCGGUUACUCAAAACUUUGCCAAUAUACAUAACCUCGAACACGUUUGUGAAUCUUUGAUUGGCGAAAAAGAUAAAUAUAAAGUAUGGGAAACUUUCCAUGAAAAUAUUAUAAUGACUUAUCCAAAUCUUGAACCAUUCAUUACACGUAGAAUAUCAAUGUUCUCAGAUAAUACUGAUGAUUCAGUUAUAAAGGAAGAAGGAUUUUCUUCCAAACUGGAUUUUCUUGAAGGGUUCCGUGAUUUAAGAAUUUGGCAACCUAGAGUAAUUGAAGUAUUAAGAAGAUGUGAGUUGAACGAGAAUGUACCUAUAAAGGUUAUUUCACAUGGACAAAAUCCGGUUUUUCGAAAUUCUACAGCUGUGAUAAAAUUUUAUUCCCAUUUAUUUAAUGGUGUUAAAACAUUUUAUGCGGAGAGUAAGGCAUAUUCUAUAAUUACUAAUCACAUUUCCGAGAAAUAUACAAGGUAUUUCCCCAGACUUAUAGGGUCAGGUUAUCUGUUCGAUGAAAGCAGUGAAAGAAAUUAUAGAUGGCCAUAUCUUGUAAUUGAAGCCGCCAUUGAUGGUGGAGUGAGUCUUGCUGAAGUGAUUGUCGGGGGAGGCUUAAGUCUCAGUGAUGAAGUAGAUGUGAAUGGAGAGAAAGGAAUGGUAAAAUGGGGUGAAGUGGCCGACUUUUCUGCUGAAAUUCUUAACGCUUUACAUAGUUUACCAUCUAUUUCUAUCGUGGAUGAAAGUAUGGCAUUAGAUUUAACAACUGCUGAACAAUCAUCCUUACAUCCAUUUCAUAAAUUUAUUUCUCGUCGACUAUCACAUGCAUCAAAAGUUCAUUCCGAAUGGCUAAUAUUUUCCCCACAAUUAAUUUCACAAAUUUCUUCAUAUUUACCAUCAUCACCACUUGAAUUGUAUAAUCCAGAACUUGAUGGGUCAUUAGCAGGAAUAUUACAUGGUGAUUUGAAUGCCGAAAAUAUUUUAGGAAUUCUCACAUCAUCUGAGGAAACAUCUAAUCAUCAAAAUCAUAAUAAUCAUAAUGGUUUAGAUGAAGAUGAAUUAACAGGUUAUUGGACGCCUACAACUGUUAUUGAUUUAGGUGAUUCACAAUUAUAUGGAGGUGAUCCACUAUUUGAUUUAAUACCAAUUUAUAUUUCGGUAUUAGGAUGUUCAAAAUUAUUAUUAAAAAGAUUUUUAGAAAAAUACAAUGAUGAUGAAAUAGAAAGUAAACAAAAAAUUUCAAUGAGAAUGUUUAAAAGAAGAGCAAUGUGGUAUACGCUUUUAUGGGAAUUUGAAGGUGCUGUAAAAUAUUUAAUUGGCUGUCUACCUAAUAUUAGAGAAUGUAAAAAUUGGGAGGAUGUUGAAGAAUUAGUUUGGGGAAUUAUGUAAAUUAUAAUCUUAAAUAGAAGUCUUUUUAUUUAUCUAGUAAUUUAUAAUUAUAUUAAUAUCUAUCAAUUUUAAUUAUUAAGUUAUAAUUAAUAUAUAUACCAUUUUAAAUUUCUUAAUUGCCUAACCUAAAUUCCUAAACAAUACAAUUUACAAUUAUAAGGAAUGAAAAAUACAAAGUAAAUUAA